AUGGGUCACUCACACGGUCUUCGCUCCGGCACUCGGUAUGCCUUUUCUCGCGACUUCAAGAAGAAGGGCUACAUCGCCCUUUCCACCUACUUAAAGGAAUACCGGGUCGGUGACAUCGUGGACAUCAAGUGCAACGGUGCCGUUCAGAAGGGUUUGCCAUACAAGCUCUACCACGGCAAGACCGGUGUCGUCUACAACGUCACAAAGAGCGCCGUCGGUGUUAUCAUCUACAAGCGCGUCGGCAACCGCUACCUCGAGAAGCGCAUCAACGUCCGCAUUGAGCACGUCUCUCACUCCCGCUCUCGUGAAGAAUUCAUCAACCGUGUCAAGGAGAACGCCAUCAAGAAGCGCCAGGCUAAGGAGCAGGGUAUUCACGUGCACUUGAAGCGCCAGGCCGUCCAGCCCCGUGAGGCUCACGUUGUCGCUUCUGCUGACAACUUCCCUGAGACGAUCACUCCUAUCCCUUACGACACCCACAUCUAA